CUGAAAGAGAUAGCGCGGUCGGAUUGAGAAUCGGAGAAGGAAGAAAAAAAGUGGGGAGAAAAAGAAGAGAGAGAGAGAGAGAGAGAGAGAGGACAGAAAGAUAGAAGGAAAGUAAAAAAAAAAAAGAAAGAGGAAAAAAAGAGUGAAAGCGAGGCUCGAGCAGACCCCCGCACGCGCGCCGACACACGACGGGCAUCAUGAGGUCCAAGAGCAGGGCGAGGAAGCUGACCACGGGUGAUGAAGGUGACUUCCCGCUUUUCCCCUCUGAUGUUCUGGAGGAAGUUGGAGGUGUGUCUGAUGGAGACCCUAUCCCACUGGUCACAGCUAACAACAUCCCCUCCCCAAAUCUUUUGCAUGAGGGAGACGCUGCUGAGGAAUCUUCCACCUUCAACACUUCCUUUCACACACCUUUGUACCUGGGCAGGGAGGAGGCGGAGACAUCAGUGCCCCCAGACUUUGAACUACGCGAAUCGGGCAUUUCCCCCAGCAACCUGGGUGUCUGGAGCAAAAGGAGGCUGGAGGUCGGUGAGCAGUUCGGACCCUUUGAGGGAACACCAAGUCACAGUGACCCAAAACGUCCUCAUGGCUGGGAGAAGGCCGGUUUUGAUGGGCGUGUGUGUGAUAGCAGAAGCUGGCUAAGACACGUCCAGAUAUCACCGUCCUCGCACCAGUACAACCUCACAGCCUAUCCGAUACAUGAGCAGAUAUUUUACCGUGUGGUCCGUGAGGUUCAUCCUAGUGAAGAACUCAUACUGUUCAUGAAGGCUGAGGAGUUUUCAUGUGACACAAUGGCUCCAGAUAUACAUGAGGAGCGAGAGUUCCGCUGUGAGGACUGUGAGCAGCACUUCUCCUCAGGCCCUGAGCUGCUGGAGCAUCAAAAGCAGUCCUGCUCCAUCCGGACACCGUCACAUUUCAGUCUGCCUGAGCAGGGCAUCCCGGCCAGUGACGGAGAAAGCACUGAGCUCCACCCGCUCCUGCUGCACUCAGCACACUCCCCACAGGAGUGCAAGGAGUGUGAGCAGGUGUUUCCUGAUGCUCAAAGUCUGGAGGCUCACUCUCUCUCUCACUCGGAGGAGAGGGAGUAUAAAUGUGACCAGUGCCCGAAGGCCUUCAACUGGAAGUCCAACCUGAUUCGCCACCAGAUGUCACAUGACAGCGGCAAGCAUUACGAAUGUGAAAACUGCUCAAAGCAGGUGUUUACGGACCCCAGUAACUUGCAGAGGCACAUCCGCUCUCAGCACGUCGGCGCCCGGGCCCAUGCCUGCCCCGAAUGCGGCAAAACCUUCGCCACCUCAUCUGGCCUCAAACAGCACAAACACAUCCACUCCUCCGUCAAGCCCUUCAUAUGUAAGUCUCUCACCCGCUUCAUAUGUGAGGUUUGCCACAAGUCCUACACCCAGUUCUCGAACCUAUGCAGACACAAACGGAUGCAUGCUGACUGCCGGACACAGAUCAAGUGCAAAGACUGCGGCCAACUGUUCAGCACCACCUCCUCACUCAACAAGCAUCGGCGUUUCUGUGAGGGGAAGAACCAUUUUGCUGGCGCGGGAGGGCUCUUUGGCCCAGGCAUUUCUCUCCCUGGUGGCCCUGGACUGGACAAGUCUGCUCUUGCUGGGAUGGGACCUGGCUCAGCUGGUCUGGCAGACUAUUUUGGAGCCAACCGGCACCACAGCGGACUGACGUUCCCAGCUGCCCCGCCAGCAUUCCCAUUCGGUUUCCCAGGACUCUUCCCAUCUGGACUGUACCACCGGCCUUCUAUCAUCCCAGCCACUUCACCUGUAAAGGGUCUGCCGGGGACAGACCUUCGGAAGAGUCCCUUGUCUAUCCCUGGAGCUCAAGAGCCCCAUGACCUUCUGAAAAGCUUCCGCAAGCAUUCUUUGAAUGGGGAACGGGAAGACAGUUUGGAGCACCAGAGAGAAGGCUCCGGCCACAAGCCUAAGAUGAGUGACCAGUCUGAGAGCAGUGACCUGGAUGACGUCAGCACUCCCAGUGGAAGUGAACUUGAGAGCACUUCUGGGUCGGAACUGGACAGCGAUGCAGAGAGCGACCGGGAUCGCGAUCGAGACAGGGCAAGGGAAAAUGGGAAAGGACCCAAGAGGAAGUCCAGUGGUUCUAAUGCUGGACAAAGUCCCACCCUUGUCAGCAGCUCCAGCAGCAGCAAUGCAGCUAACGGUAAUGGGAGCAAUGUGCCUCCACCGGGACUUUUCUCUCCAACUCUGGAUGAAAACACUGCAGUUUCCGGAGCAGUCAAUGACUCCAUCAAGGCCAUCGCCUCCAUAGCAGAGAAAUAUUUCGGCUCCACGGGGUUGGCUGGCCUGCAUGAUAAAAAAGGGGGCACUCUACCAUACCCCUCCAUGUUUCCUCUGUCCUUCUUUCCUGCAUUUUCACCCCCAGUGUACCCCUUCCAUGAGAGAGAACAGCUCCGACCUCAGACCCACAAGGGGGAGGCGGAGAGCCCGUCGGCCGAGAGCAAGAGACCACAGGGCAGGAGCGCUGAGUCACCCUUUGACCUCACCACCAAGCGCAAAGAGGAACGCCUGGCUCCAACCUAUACCCCCUCAAAGCCUGAGGCAUCACACGUACCCUCGGCAAAUCAGGACCAGCCGCUGGACUUGAGUCUGGGUGGGCGAAGCAGAGGUGCACGUAUCAGAGGGGAGGAGUCACGGAAGAACCACGUAUUUGGUGAAGAAAGGUUUGAGGCAGAUGCUCCUAAAGCAGACCCCUCCCUCCAGCAUGCAAGACCCACUCCCUUCUUCAUGGACCCCAUUUACAGCAGGGUUGAGAAGAGGAAAGCGAGUGAUCCGUUUGAGGCGCUGAAAGAAAAAUACAUGCGUCCCACACCGGGAUUCCUCUUCCACCCACAGUUCCGCAUGCCUGAUCAGAGAACCUGGAUGUCAGCAAUAGAGAACAUGGCGGAGAAGUUGGAGUCCUUCGGAUCGUUGAAGUCAGACGCUGGUGACAUCAUGCGUUCCGUUCCCUCCAUGUUUGAUUUCCGAGCUCCACCGACCACGCUGCCUGAGACCCUGCUGCGCAAGGGCAAGGAGCGCUACACCUGCAGAUACUGUGGCAAAAUAUUCCCACGCUCAGCCAACCUCACACGGCAUCUCCGAACACACACAGGAGAGCAGCCCUACAGGUGUAAAUACUGCGAUCGUUCGUUCAGCAUCUCCUCCAACCUGCAGCGUCACAUCCGCAACAUCCACAACAAAGAGAAACCUUUUAAAUGCCACCUGUGUGACCGCUGCUUCGGCCAGCAAACCAACCUGGACCGUCACCUAAAAAAACACGAGAAUGGUAAUUUAUCAGGCACAGCGAUGUCGUCCCCUCAAUCAGAGCUGGACAGCAGCAGUGCCAUUCUAGACGAUAAGGAGGACUCCUACUUCAACGAAAUCCGCAACUUCAUCAGCAACAGCGGCCAAAACACCACCUCACCUCCACACUCCGAUGAAGCGUUGAACGACAGCCAUUUUGAGUCGGACAAAGCUGUGGCCAAUCAGAGAUCACAUGACCUGGAUGAGGAGGAAGGGGAGGAGCAUGGGCCAGAGGAAGAGGAGGCAGAGCAUAGCGAUGCUGCUGGGAAACCCACUAACAAGGCCUCACCCAGUAACCUUGGCGACGAGGUCAACGAUGACCUGGACUUUGACGGACCAAACGAUCUGGACAUGAACUGCAAAUCUUCACCACAGAGGUUUGAUGAUGACGAGGAGGAUGAAGAGCACAGUGGUUUCUCCACGCUGGACCACAUCCGUCACUUCAGUAUGGACGAAGCAGAGCUCAGCGCUGUUGAUGUAGGUGACUUCGGCUCUGCCCACCUGCCGGAGACCAUGAAGCAGCCACUGUACAGAAAGUCUAAAUCACAGGCCUACGCUAUGAUGCUGUCUCUGGCUGAUAAAGACCCUCUACCCCCUUCUCCUCACGCCGCCUCUGUGUGGCACACGCUCGGUCGAGCGGCCGAAUCCAACGCCAUCCAGUCCCUCAGUCACGUAUGAUGCUCUCCGCACCAUGACCUCUGACCCCAACAACAGGCACUAGGACUGAACUUGGCCUUCACUGGGUGUACACUGCUGGCUGCAAUGCUUAAUUAUCCUGAAACACUAUUGUUUGGGUCCCUGGUCUGUGCACACGCAGUAAAAAACACUACUUAUUAUGAAACCUGACAAAUUAUUGAUGACCUGAUCGAUCUUAUUCGAACUAAUGACAUUUUAAUGGUGGUAAAUACAAUUAUGAUAAUGAUGAUGAUGAUGAUGAUGAUGAAAAUGAUGCUGAUAGUAGUAAUAAUAGUUGUAUUUAUUCCGUCCAGUUUCUAUAUGUUUUGCACAGCAAUGGCAGCUGAUGAACAGGGGAAAAGGUUGAUAAAAUUGGGACACACUGUUACAGUUUUAUUUUGCAUUUUCUGAGUAGGAUAGCUCUUGGAUGGUUGUAAAUGGAGCCCCUGUCCAAUCCCCUUGAGAGUCUUCCACUUUAAAAAAAAUUAUCCUAACAAAAUGUCACUGACACAUCAAAUUCUCAUAAUCCUUUUUUUCCAUUUCAUUAUGAAUAGAUCAGUAGAACUGCUAGGAAAUUAUGAUUUCCAACAACAGUGACAAAAGGCAUUGUUUGGUAUUAAAUACACAUCCUGUCACACAGCCCUGACCACGGUUUCUCACAUAUACGCAGAUACACACACAUUUCCAGACCUCCACUCUCUUGUAUGGGCCUGAAUACACCAAGCCGACAUAGAAGAACUAGCAGAUACCAAGGCCUGGUGAUCACCGUUCAUCAGCUCCCAACGUCUUCUGAGAAAAUGGCAAAAGUUAACAGGCUUCUCCAGUAAUAUUCAUAGUUUAUUAAUAGUCUUUCAAUGCCAGUGUUUAAGCUAAACCUAGUUUGGUGUUAACAUGGCAUAGAAAUCUCAUAAGGGUGCUAGUGGAAAUUAGCAUUGUUGUAAUGGGAGUAUUCGGACCAAAGCCUACUUAAAAAUUGUUUAUACAUGAAAUGAAACAUGUAGAUGGUGCAUAUUCAUAAUUAUAUAGCAAAGAACACCACGAAAUCACUGGGUAUCUCAUACUUUGUUAGUGUGUUAUCAGCCUGAGCGCCAUCUGAGCUCAUGUGUGAAUCUUUCUUGUUGAGAAUUGGUUAUUUAAAUACUACUUGUUUAAAAAUGUGGACAUUAGAAAGCAGAAAUGAUGAUGAAACCGGCCGGCUACUCUCUGUGUGAGCCCUCAUUAGCUUUCUGUCCUCACUUUUGUUUGUCUUCUCAUGUAGUGAUUCGCUAGGCUGAAAGGCCAAUCAGGCAGCUUUCUCACCACCAAUUCUAAUUCAAAAUACUCGGUUGGCCAAAAUCAUCUCAACAGCCUAGAGUCAAUGGUGCAGGACACACAGAACAAACUACGGGCCACUGCCAACAGCCGGCUUGGUGUGUCAGAUAUUAGUGCAAGACCAUAGUGGUAAUUCAUAUACGGCCUGCAGUCUAAAAUCAUACUCACCUGCCCUAACAGCUGGAUUCUGAUUGGUCAAAAGACAUCAUUCAUUUUCCUCAGACAUUAUGGAAAUAAUCAAGUGGCUACUGUGGCUAACACUGACAGAAUUUCUAAAUUGAGGUGUAUACAAUAUUAGAGUAUAUUUUUAGGACUGUGUAUGGACCAAUCAUGACUGUACUCAUUAGGUCUAAGCUCAUUAGACAUGUCCAUGUUAAUUUCCAUGAUAUAUCAGACAUUGAAUUGAAACACAGACUCUAAAAGGGAGAAGUAAUUGACUGGCACAGUCUGGGACCCAACACUGAGUUACUGGUGCCAUUCCCUUUAAACCUUGUACAGUAAUAAUACAUAAAACAUUUCUUCUUAAAGUGGAAGGCAAAUUGAAUUUCAGUUCUUUGUGAUGUAAAAAAUGGGGACAAAACAAAUAAACAUCACGUGGAGACUGCUCUUGUACACAUACUCAUCUUAUGAAAGAAGACAUGAGGAGGAGAGGGUGUGACUGUUCUCCGAUUCCGUCCAAUGAAAGCACUGCAUCAUCAACCUGGUCUCCGCCUAAUUCUUCUGUACUGUCCAAUAGUGGCAGAGAUGUUUUCUGUAUGAAACAAAACAAAAAAAAAAAUUGUAUGAUUUUCCUCGGAGAAAGGUUGUAAAAUAUAUAAGACUUUUUUGUUUGUUUGUUUGUUUUCUAAACAAAACAGAAGUACUGAUGUUUGUAGAACUUGAGUUGAAGGGCAUUCUUCUUUAGCCGGCCAACAAUACCACUAAAUAGCCUGUACGCUAGUCGCUAGCUAUUCUAUUCUCAUGUCUUUUGUUUCUAGACAAUCAUUGGUUCGUUGUUUUUUUCAUUGGUUUCAUUUCUUCCAUUCGCUCUUUUCGUUCGUUCUCGGUUGAUGUUGUUGAUGUUAUUGCUGUGUAUGUUUAAAGGUGUAUUUAUUUCUUGGCAAAAUUGUAGUUUGUUUACUGACUAGCACUGCUCUCGAGCUCCCCCUUUUGGUGAAAAAAGGGAGAGUGACUCCACGAUUUUCUGGAGUCUGUAGAAUACAGUAUGUCUGCGUGCCAGAUAGUAUUAAAAAAUUCAUCCCAUCUUAUACUUCUAAUGAAACUGGUAAAUGAUAUAGUUAUUAGAUUUUUUGUAUGACAUGUUUAUUGAUUCAAGUGUAAAAUAUUGAAAAUGGAGGGAAUGGGGUUUAAAAAAAAAGGAAAGAAUAAAAAAACAGCUGGUAAUAUUUCUUCAUAAAAAAACGCAUGAUUGGUCUGGCUUCCAAUUGUACCUGACAUUUUCUACGGUUGUCUGCAAAAGCUUGUGUGAUGUUCGGGUCCCUGUUGAGUCGUUGUGCCAAAACUAUGAUAACAGACUUUCAUUUGUUCAUCGUCACACAUUAAAUGACCGGAUCUUUCCUGUUUCUGUUUUUUGUUUUCGCUUUUGUUUUGUUUUUUUUGUUCGUUUGUUUGUUGUCGUUGUUUAUAAUCCCAUUUUUAAGAGUAAUUGGCGAGUUGAGGUACUUUGCUUUAUACAAUGUAACUGUAAUGCAUUUCGAUUCAGUAAUGUGGGCGGAGCAACUAAGAAAUAAAGGACUCCAGUGUAGACCUGUGCACUCUU